CAGUUUUAAACAAUGGAAAUAUCAGUGGAGAUGAGGAAAGGACCAUGGAGUUCGGAUGAAGACUCUAAACUCAUCCAUUACAUCUCCCUACUUGGACAGGGACGCUGGAAUUCUCUCGCUCACUUUGCCGGGUUGAAGCGUACAGGUAAGAGCUGCAGGUUGAGAUGGUUGAAUUAUUUGCGACCUAAUUUACGACGAGGAAAACUUACUCCUCAAGAGCAGCUUCUUAUUUUACUGCUUCAUUUUCGCUUUGGAAAUCGAUGGGCAAAGAUUGCAGAGAACUUGCCAGGAAGAAGUGAUAACGAUGUUAAGAAUUACUGGAGAACUAAAGUACAAAAACAUGCAAAAAAGCAGCAUUGCGACGUCAAUAGCCAGCAAUUUCGAGACUUCCUUCUAUAUCAAUGGCUGCCCUAUCUGGCUGAACAAAUACGUGCCCCAUCAUCGUCUUCUUCUUCUUCUUCUACUUCUCACAUGAGUUACGCUGAAAUCAUGAUGCAUAAUACUCCUAAUUUUGUUCAAACUGGGAUUAAUGGAUCCACUGACAUGACAUGUCCAAACAUUCAUGUCUCAUCGACGGAUUCCUUCGAAGCAGAAGUUACAGUACCGCUGAUAGAUGAUGGUAAUAUUUGGAACAGCUUGUCCAGCUUUGAAGAUGGUUUUUCUGAUUUUUCAAGCCAAGAAAUGGCGGUUUAUGAGGAUCAGUACUGUAACAAUUGGACAAGCGCAACAUUAGAAAUAUUUCCAGAUGAAACGCCAUGUUUGGAUGCAAUGGACCUUUAGCUCUUUCCUUAAUUAGAGGUGUAAAGCGUAAUGUAAAACUUAAAAUACUACUAUUACUACUUACUUUACUGACAGCUGUACUUAACAGUUAACGGUGUUGUUAAGUCCUUUUGCUCAGGAAAUUUCUACGCAAUGGGGGU